AUGCGCUCGCAACGGGUGGAUCCCGUCGCCCGGGCGCAGCUUCUGUUCUAUUUUCUCCCCCCAGAGGCACUUCCGCUCGUGUGGGCGAGUAUUCAGGAUACCAUCGAGCGUGCAGGGCUCCACCAAUUCUUGGACGUAACCAUUCUCCUCCAGGGUAAAAACCUGAAGACCCUGACCAAGGCCGACACGUGGGAUGGCAUGAUGCAGCAGUUUGCCCGGCACUGGGACAACACGAUCGACGGAUCGCAUCUGUCGGACCAUUCCUACGUCGAUAUUGGGAAAGAAACCUGUCCUACUGGCCCUGCCCGGGUGGGUGGGGUGGGUCUCCUGGCAUCGCGGCUCCGCUCCGAGGGAGAUCCUCGUGCCCAUCUGCUUGCGCCGCAGACCCUCCUCUGGCGGCGAUGCUGCUUGGACUCGUAUGCCGAGUGGAUGGGGCAGCCGCAUGCUCCCGAAUUCCCUCCCCCAAAGCAACAGUUCUACCCGAUCAGUCUCCUUCACGACAGUGGUAGCAUGACAUUGGAGACACAUCGCACCUCCCCGCAGCGGCAGGCGGGCCUCCUCUAUACACAGUUGUACUCAAGCGUCAAGGAGGUCUUUGCGGCCGGGGAUGUGUACCCAUUUUCGAACCCCUCCCUGGAGACGUUGGCAUUGGAUCCACAGCUCCGCAAAACCUGGCAGUACGUCGGGGGCGGACUCAGUCAUGAUCCCAUCGCGUUAAUGCGGGCGUAUCUCAACAUAAAGCAGCGGUGCCAUGCUGCGCUGCAAGGAUCAUAUAUGAAAGUCUUUGGCCUUCGUGAAGAACAUCGCGUCUCAUUCCGUCUUUUCCAUGCGAUCGACCAGGAGCUCCGCGUGCGCAACCUCCAUCAAUCGAGACUUCCCGGGGUUUCAUCGGACGUGGAGCCAUUCUACUCCCUCCCGACCUCCACCCUCCUCUUCUGGUUCUACUGGAACAUAAAUAAGUUCUGUGUGGGCUUUGAGAGCGUCUACAGCAUCAACGACCGUCAUUUUGUCACGUGGGAGCAUACGCGGAUAAUGAUGAUGUUUCUGCGCUGCCUGCAAUUCUCCUACGCGGGUGGCCUGUUGCAGCGUGUGUCCGGUUGCUGGCGGGACGUCUGGUUCCGGCCUGAUGCUCGGCGGACGGAUGGUCUUCGCCGGUGUGAAGGUUUGGGGUUCCAGCGUAAUAUGGAAGAGUACGGAUACGCCUGGUUCUUGGACAAGGUGAACUGGGAUACGAUGACCUUCCGUCAACCAUCCGCGCAGUACAUGAUGUUCAACAGCCCCUCGGUGCAGGCGGCGUUCCACGCGCGGUAUGCGCAGAUUCGAGACGUCCGCCUCGACUUUCUCCGGGUGCACCAGGCCCACCGGUGGAUGGAAGAGUUCAGCUCGAUUGCUCCUUGUCUGGAUCUUCUACGGGGCUUCCUCCGACAACUCUCACUUUGUGUGUUUCGCAAGGAUGUGUUUCUGCAAGUCAAACGACUGUUACAUCCAGACCAUGCCCCUCGUGCUCUCGCUGGAGAGGUUCCCCUCAGCUAUGACAGCAUUCGUAGGGUCUUUAUCGAGGGUGCCCAAACACUGCCGCUUCUGGAUCAACGCCGGAUCGCGGUGAAGAGCGUGGACACUAUCUUCGCUUGGCUGUGGGAGUGGAAAGAUGGCCGGUAUGAUCGUAAGGGGUGGAAGGACAAGCCAUAUCGGAUGGUGUAUCAGCAAAGCUUUGAGGCUAUCCACCGAAUCCUCGGCAAGGAUCAAGCACGUGAGUGGAAGAAGGCAUUGAAGACCUCCUUCCUUCAAAGCCACUGGCUACUGCCAUAUCCACACAAGAAUGGAUUCAUGCGCAAGUCCAAGGAUACUGGACAGGAGGUAUGGUGGUCUAGCUCAAAUGCCGAAUUGCAUGAGCACUACAAGCAAUGGUAUGGUGGCACAUACCGGGUAGGCGAUCUCCUUCCGGCGUCGUACAUCAAGCAUCAUCCCACGACCGACUGGGGCUGCUCUUAUGGCAGACCUCGGUAUAUGGAGCACGCGAUGGAGCCAGAGAUGGACCUGGUACGAAUUCCGGAGGGGGAGUUGUAUGAGAAGCUGUUGCGAAUUGCCGACCAGUUUACCCAGAAUCCUGAGGCCCCGAAGUGGAAACGAAAACCCCCACCCACCACCUUUCGCUUCGACCUUGUGAUUGGAGAUGACUCGUUAUUGAAAGCGCAGAACAGAGUCCAAGAUACUGGGGCAAAAGGCUUAUGUAGGCAAAUGAUCCAAGCUCUGAAUGAAUAUGAGGUUUUGGGACAUUCUGGACGAGUUCUGCGGCCGCGCAAACGGCAAGUACGGCGAGAUUGCUCGGCCACCGUUGAUGCUGAAGACGAGAUGACCUCCGAUGAAGAAUCCAUUGCGAACCGACAAGAUCGCUUAGCGGUGCAGAUUCUUGAGCUGGAACCGCAAAUGCGGAAGGCAGUGAGUGCAGAACGAGAACAGUACUGGUGGCCUUUGCUACAUGGCGUUCAUCUCAAACACCUUGAGCCACGCCUUCAGCGAUUCAAGGUUGCUAGAGGACGAGCCGACCACUCUGCUUGA